ACUUGCUCAUUGGUUCCCAAAGUGUGGCGACGAAUUUCCAAUUUUUUUCUCGCUCGUUUGGAAUUUCGAAUUGUUUUUUUCUCAUCCAAAAUCUUAACGCUUAUAAAUUACUCUGCUCCCCCCCCCCCAAAAAAAAAUUCCCCAGACCGAAAACCAGCGUGAGAGUAUAUUGUAAUCAUUUUACCUUCGUUUUUGUCUUUAUCAUCCAUGAGCGAUUUUCGUAAACACGGUUUUUUUUUUUUAGGUUGGGUUCAUGAUGUAGCAAUUGAUUUGUGUCGAACGAGAGUAGGUACACAAUCCUACGGCCGUUGUCCGAAAUUUUCGCAAAAAAAUUAUCACGAUUAUAUUCUUUAGUGUUGAUUGCUGUUAUUUUUUUUUAAUUUCGAAAAUCCGCAAUGUUUAACGCGUAAUGUGCUGCUAGUCGGACGUGUGACGAUUUUAUGUGGCCGCGACCAUGAGCUUUGGCGAAAAUAUCUUAAGAAAAUACGGGUGGACCCAAGGCAAAGGCCUCGGUAAGAACGAAGACGGAAUCAAAGCACCGGUCAAACCGAGUCUCAAGUUCGACCAAGCCGGAGUUGGAUACGAUAAGGCCAAUGCAGAGUCGUACGGUGACAAAUGGUGGUCACGCAUGUACAACGACAGUGCCAGCGCGUUGGAUGUUAAAAAUGAGGACGGUAACGUUACUAUUAAAUCAAAAAGGAAAAAAAAUAAAAAACAGAAAAUUAAAAUCGCCGACGUCAAGGCUACGUUAGAGUUGACCGACGAACAGCUGUUUCAAGCGUGUGGCGGUGUAACCUGUCACAAGGCAGCUCGACACGGACUGAAUAUGGAAGGCAAAUUGGCUAGACUACGAAAACAAGACGAAGAGAUGGCGGCCAAACAGAAAAUUGACAAAAGCUGAUAAACCGUUUUCAGUUAUUAAAACGACACACGAUUCGUUUUACACAUUACAUUGUUUUAAAAAUUAAAAAAUCGCUAAUGCUAUGACGAUUUAUUCAAGUACGAUAAAAUAACAAACGUGAUCUAGACGAUGAAAAUUGUUUUUUUUUUAAAUAAUACAAAGCCUUUGAAAAUGUUCCCUUGAGCUUUUAUUUCAAACUAAUAUUUAGAUUUAAGUGUUAUUAUUUAUACACAACAAAAGACUACUUUACAGAGUUAAAUCCUAUCUGAAUUGUUCAAAACAAUUUUUAGUCUGUAUUUCGUCGACAUUUCUGGUGUAACGUAAAAUUUGAAUUUUUAUACAUAACGUAUGUAAAAAAGAAAACAUCUCGGACAUUCAAUAAUAAUUAUUAAAAUAUUAUAUUUAAGUAUAAAAACUGAAGUAAUAGACAUAGAAAAAAGCAUUUAAGAAAACAUAUCAUAGGUACAGGACGUAGUCAUACAGGUCAACAACAAUAAAUUAUUGUCUUAUAAAAUAAUAUAAUAUAGACUAUAACACGUAUAUUGUAACUAUAUAUAUAUAUACACACACAAUUGGUUUAUUUUAACUUA